AUGCAGUUCUACAACUACCCCGGCACCGAGGCCAACUCGGAAUCCUUCCACUACUCCCAAACCGUCCGCAUCGGAAACACCCUCAAGACCUCCGGCCAAGGUGGCUGGUACGAGGAUGGCACCGUUGAAGCCGAUGUCGAGAAGCAAGUGGCUAUAGCCUUCGAGAAUGUUGAGAAGGCCCUGAAGAGCGUUGACGAGCGUCUCUCAUGGGAAAACGUUUACGCCGUGCGCAGUUACCACAUCAAUGUGGAUCAGACCUUCGAAAUGGUCACCGGCAACUUCAAGAAGCGUUUCCCUAACCACCGCCCCAUCUGGACUUGCGUUGAGAUUGGAAAGCUUGGCAUCGAAGGAAUGGUCAUUGAAAUCGAGGUUGAGGCUCACUGCCCCUACUAA